AGGUAAACGGACUGGAACUUCCAGCUCUCAUUCCAUGUCUUUGUAUGCUUGAGUGAGAAAUAGCUCAUAAGUAUGUUUCUGUAAUUGUACUUUCACUUCCUUCAAGUAGCCACUUUGAAUCGAAGUUCUGUAAAAGUAACUCACUUCUCUUUAAAGAUAGGAUGGAUUAUUGGUUUUAUUUCAAUGCAGAAUUCUUCACUGAACUUUAAACAUACAAAGUGUACAUUGACCUCAAAUUAAAAGUUUGUCUUGACUUGAGUUGAUGCUCUGGUUUAGUUUUCUUGUGGAAAUUUGGUCAGAGGAACAUUGGAAUUCUGGAGUGGUGUAUUUUAUUGUUGCAUAAUAUGAAAGUGCCCUCACAUUUGAAAGAGUUUUAGUUUUCUCUCUCUCUCAGCGAUGGCAGAUGUGGUCAGGCCUGCUUCCCCCUCAUCCUCCUCCUCUCUCCUGGAGAUCGAAGCGGAGACACGGUUGGUGCUCAAGUCUUUUCUGCGUAACUCUCUGUCGAUGCCUCCGGGACAGAGGCCUGGAAGAAUUGGAGGAGAGUACAACGACCCAAACAAAUACAGUGCCUCAACAAAAGAUAAAUUGAAGAAAGAUGCAAAUGGAUGGGACUCUUUGGAUGAGGAGAUCAGUGCAGCAGAGGAAAAGAAACAUGGAAUUAAAAAUUUAAUAAAAAGAAGACUGAGAUCCCGUUCAUCUGUGAUCCAGCGUGCUAAGAAAGACAGCAGUUCUGACCCGACUCCAAACAACACCCUGGAGAAGAGGAGUCAGCCGGGCCAGUCUGACAAGCCAUCAACAAAUGGAUCACACAGUUUACCCAGAAAAACAGAGGAAGAGAUAUUACCACUGUCUUCUGCAUCUGAAGAGGAAGGUGACAGAAAAUCGGGAGACAAAAAGAAGAAAAAGAAGAAAAUACUGAAGAUAUCUGAUAUACUCAAAAAAGUGUCAUUAAAAAAAGAAGAGCCUCGUCCUCCGCGCCCAGCAUCUCUGCCUUUAAAAGAUGUUCCACAACCUGAGGAUCUUUCUGUUUCACCAUCCCAUCCACCUGAGUUUUAUGACGGUGUAGCAGAAACUCUGGACAGAAUUGCACAGAAACACAGUGUGAAAAAGAAAUCGCCUGUUAAACCAGAGCCUGCGCCAACUGCACUUAAAGGCAAUGACAAAGAGGCUGUGGUUCAACAGCUAGUUCAGAUUCUGACUUCAGAGGGGGAUGCCAUGAACGGAAAGAUAAACGCCAGUCCCUUCCUGCGGUCCACCCUCACACGCCUCUCCUACCCAUCCUUUGCCAAACUCCUUGACAUGUACGCCAGUCAGAGUGAAGAGCCCCCCGCUCCGGCUCCAGUCAGCCCUACGCUGCGGCGUCUCGCCAUCACCAUGGAUGUGUCUCGACGAGUGGUCACGGCCACUGGAGUUCAGCGUCUGACGGGGUUUGCUGAACGCUACAUGGAGAGCUUCGCACCAUGGGUGGUGAGCCAUGGAGGAUGGGGGAACAUUGCACAACUGGAUGAGGUUCUGGAGUGUGAUUGACCUCAGUCAUUGACCUUACAGUAAAUCUGUUCAUUAUGAACUCUGGAUCAUGUAGCCUGACCUCUGUGAGGAAAGCAAGAACAAGAACCAGCCAGCUGGGAUACUGACACUACUUGAUUAUAUGGUUUCUCUGCUGAUGUAUUUAUUCUUUUGUAUUUGGAUGUUUCUACAUUUUUUAAUGUGACUUUUAUAGCAAAAAUACAUGAUUUCAAUCAUC